CGCAGCAUCGCCGUGAGUCUUCCGCUUGUCGGCUCUUCGACACAGCACAAAAACAUGAGCGCGUCUGUUGUUGUCCGGAGGUUAGCAGCUCUGUCCGGGGCUUCGGCCGUGGCAGCCGGGGCGUACGGGGCUCACGGAUUCAAAAACAGCGACCCUGAUGAUUACCAAAGAGUGCUUUUUGAAACUGCCAACAAGUACCAUUUCUACCACAGCCUGGCCCUGCUGGGUGCUGCCCACUCUGGCAAACCUGCCGUGGCUGGAGCCCUCCUGAUAGCGGGCAUGGGGAUGUUCUGUGGCUCUCUGUACCACCAGGCCCUGACGGGGGACCCCGGUCUGAGGAAGGUGGCUCCCAUGGGGGGCAUGGCGAUGAUCGCCGGCUGGCUGGCCAUUAUUCUCUGAACUGUAACGGUUCACACUCGUCCACUGCGCCACACUGUGACACUGAACUGUCACGCUGUGAAUGGAUGAACUGGAGAGCCUGUGAGAGUUGUCUGGAGAGGUUUAAAAGCGAUGAGUUAUGACACCCGUGUAACCGCUCCCCGUCCUGGGCCGAGGGUGUCAGCAGGAGAUAAGGUCACGACAGGAUUAUCACUUUUGUACUUCUGACUGGUACCCUGGUAAAAGACAAAUAUGAAGGGUUUCAAAUGAAAUAAAGGAAUUUUCUACAAUA